GACCGUUUACCCUGCAACGUAUGGUGCAAAGUGCCGUAUUAAGACCUUUCCCUUAAGGAAAAGAAGAAGAAAAAAAGAAAAAAAAGGGGGAAAAAGAAAACAGGGUAAAGAGAAAAAGAUCAUGCAUAAACCUAAGCGUUUCACUGGAAGUAAAACGCGAGUUUAUCGCUUCCUUACAGAGAUGGAACCAAGGACAGCAAAUGCUGACGAGGAGAAGAGACGGACGAGCGUUUGCUUGCGGUUAAUACCGAAGGGACGGGAUGAAACAAGGAAGCCAGAAUGCAGCGGCCCCUCGAUAUCACCAGGAACUGCUACAGGAGGAGGCGUUCUGGCACGGGUAACUAGGGGUAGCCCACCGCAGGGGGACAUCUCGAAGAGAAGCAGCAAGACCUGGGGAUCCGGUGGUUCAUUUUGGUCGUCGCCUGUGAGGCCAGCAUGCAAGAGUAAGAGGAAGCUAGGAGCAGUCUCAAAAAGAGAUGGAACCAAGGACAGCAAAUGCUGACGAGGAGAAGAGACGGACGAGCGUUUGCUUGCGGUUAAUACCGAAGGGACGGGAUGAAACAAGGAAGCCAGAAUGCAGCGGCCCCUCGAUAUCACCAGGAACUGCUACAGGAGGAGGCGUUCUGGCACGGGUAACUAGGAUUAAUUGCCACGGCUGAAGUUGAAGAGACCAAGAAACGUAAGCCGCGAAGGGGCACAUCUUGAAGAGAGGGGGCUAGACCUAGCGAUCCAGUUGUUCGUUUUGGUCGUCGCCUGUGAGGCCAGCAUGCAAGAGUAAGAGGAAGCUAGGAGCAGUCUCAAAAAGAGAUGGAACCAAGGACAGCAAAUGCUGACGAGGAGAAGAGACGGACGAGCGUUUGCUUGCGGUUAAUACCGAAGGGACGGGAUGAAACAAGGAAGCCAGAAUGCAGCGGCCCCUCGAUAUCACCAGGAACUGCUGCAGGAGGAGGCGUUCUGGCACGGGUAACUAGGAUUAAUUGCCACGGCUGAAGUUGAAGAGACCAAGAAACGUAAGCCGCGAAGGGGCACAUCUUGAAGAGAGGGGGCUAGACCUAGCGAUCCAGUUGUUCGUUUUGGUCGUCGCCUGUGAGGCCAGCAUGCAAGAGUAAGAGGAAGCUAGGAGCAGUCUCAAAAAGAGAUGGAACCAAGGACAGCAAAUGCUGACGAGGAGAAGAGACGGACGAGCGUUUGCUUGCGGUUAAUACCGAAGGGACGGGAUGAAACAAGGAAGCCAGAAUGCAGCGGCCCCUCGAUAUCACCAGGAACUGCUACAGGAGGAGGUGUUCUGGCACGGGUAACUAGGAUUAAUUGCCACGGCUGAAGUUGAAGAGACCAAGAAACGUAAGCCGCGAAGGGGCACAUCUUGAAGAGAGGGGGCUAGACCUAGCGAUCCAGUUGUUCGUUUUGGUCGUCGCCUGUGAGGCCAGCAUGCAAGAGUAAGAGGAAGCUAGGAGCAGUCUCAAAAAGGUAAUAGGUUUGAAAGGGAGACAGGCAAAUCGAGGGCUGUCGUUCCUCCACGUAGUUAAAGACCGAGAGAGUUGUCGGUUAAGCGCAUGCAUACGAGGGUUUGCGAACAGUAACAAUAACACUGAAGCGGAAUAAAAAUAAGGUUUCGUGGAAGAUGGCGUUAGGAAGGUAUUAGGCGACGUGCCCGCCUGCCUAAUAACCUAGCCCUAAUUGCUGUGUGUAACGUUUCCAGACCGUUUACCCUGCAACGUAUGGUGCAAAGUGCCGUAUUAAGACCUUUCCCUUAAGGAAAAGAAGAAGAAAAAAAAGAAAAAAAGGGGGAAAAAGAAAACAGGGUAAAGAGAAAAAGAUCAUGCAUAAACCUAAGCGUUUCACUGGAAGUAAAACGCGAGUUUAUCGCUUCCUUACAGAGGUGGAACCAAGGACAGCAAAUGCUGACGAGGAGAAGAGACGGACGAGCGUUUGCUUGCGGUUAAUCCCGAAGGGACGGGAUGAAACAAGGAAGCCAGAAUGCAGCGGCCCCUCGAUAUCACCAGGAACUGCUACAGGAGGAGGCGUUCUGGCACGGGUAACUAGGAUUAAUUGCCACGGCUGAAGUUGAAGAGACCAAGAAACGUAAGCCGCGAAGGGGCACAUCUUGAAGAGAGGGGGCUAGACCUAGCGAUCCAGUUGUUCGUUUUGGUCGUCGCCUGUGAGGCCAGCAUGCAAGAGUAAGAGGAAGCUAGGAGCAGUCUCAAAAAGAGAUGGAACCAAGGACAGCAAAUGCUGACGAGGAGAAGAGACGGACGAGCGUUUGCUUGCGGUUAAUACCGAAGGGACGGGAUGAAACAAGGAAGCCAGAAUGCAGCGGCCCCUCGAUAUCACCAGGAACUGCUACAGGAGGAGGCGUUCUGGCACGGGUAACUAGGGGUAGCCCACCGCAGGGGGACAUCUCGAAGAGAAGCAGCAAGACCUGGGGAUCCGGUGGUUCAUUUUGGUCGUCGCCUGUGAGGCCAGCAUGCAAGAGUAAGAGGAAGCUAGGAGCAGUCUCAAAAAGAGGUGGAACCAAGGACAGCAAAUGCUGACGAGGAGAAGAGACGGACGAGCGUUUGCUUGCGGUUAAUACCGAAGGGACGGGAUGAAACAAGGAAGCCAGAAUGCAGCGGCCCCUCGAUAUCACCAGGAACUGCUACAGGAGGAGGUGUUCUGGCACGGGUAACUAGGAUUAAUUGCCACGGCUGAAGUUGAAGAGACCAAGAAACGUAAGCCGCGAAGGGGCACAUCUUGAAGAGAGGGGGCUAGACCUAGCGAUCCAGUUGUUCGUUUUGGUCGUCGCCUGUGAGGCCAGCAUGCAAGAGUAAGAGGAAGCUAGGAGCAGUCUCAAAAAGAGAUGGAACCAAGGACAGCAAAUGCUGACGAGGAGAAGAGACGGACGAGCGUUUGCUUGCGGUUAAUACCGAAGGGACGGGAUGAAACAAGGAAGCCAGAAUGCAGCGGCCCCUCGAUAUCACCAGGAACUGCUACAGGAGGAGGCGUUCUGGCACGGGUAACUAGGAUUAAUUGCCACGGCUGAAGUUGAAGAGACCAAGAAACGUAAGCCGCGAAGGGGCACAUCUUGAAGAGAGGGGGCUAGACCUAGCGAUCCAGUUGUUCGUUUUGGUCGUCGCCUGUGAGGCCAGCAUGCAAGAGUAAGAGGAAGCUAGGAGCAGUCUCAAAAAGAGAUGGAACCAAGGACAGCAAAUGCUGACGAGGAGAAGAGACGGACGAGCGUUUGCUUGCGGUUAAUACCGAAGGGACGGGAUGAAACAAGGAAGCCAGAAUGCAGCGGCCCCUCGAUAUCACCAGGAACUGCUGCAGGAGGAGGCGUUCUGGCACGGGUAACUAGGGUAAGUAUGGCUAAUGACCGUUAGCAGUUAUUUCGGCCUCCCCGAGGCAGCGCUGAGGACUGAGUAACCCGUUCCUGCCCUGUGGCUGCUGUUCCCUGUAUCUGCCUUAGCUUUGCUUUGGCUGUUUGUAUUUUGCGUUGUUACUGCACGCGCGUACGUGGAAAGGGAAAGACAGAACGAAUGCUCUCUUAGAUUAAUUGCCACGGCUGAGGUUGAAGAGAGUAAAAAACGUGAGCAAGCUGAAGUAAUAGAAUCCAAGGGAGCCAAGUGAAAGCUGUCUUCCUCUGCCAGAAAAAGGGAAAGCCCGUUCCUCCUGGCAAGGAAGGAGCGCCAUUAAUAGCGAUCCGAAUAAUAGAUCGCCAGCGUAUAACGGAAGGUCUGUAUGCAUUACGAGAAGUGCUGUGCGUACAUGUGUCUCCAUGUGUGUGACUUUACGUGCCUGUGAAGCGUCAUGCUUCACGAGCUGCGAGACAGCAAAUUAUUAUCUUGGGGGAGUGGUGGUCAAGUGACCAGAGCUACUGAAGAGGAAGGGAGCGAGAGAAGGGUCUGAAGUGUAAAACUGAGAGAUCGAUUUCAGGAAGGCUCAAUCAGCGCAAGCCCCGGGUUAGUUACCUGGCAAUGGUAUUUGGGGAGACGGGAUGACAGUAGAUAGGUUGAAGCCUCAUGGAAUUAAGGCUCCUUCUCACCAGUUCCCGCUUAGAGCAAUUGUAGGAGGAUUUAGUUUCCUCCAGCAGCAUUAAGGUGGCUUUGCCGGUGUCAGCAGACCGUGGUGGAAAGUACUGGGAGGGAGUCGGAAAGGCAGCUGGGAUGAGGAACGUGACUCUGCUUUCACUGAACUGGAAGAAGUGGCUAUAAAACCUCCUGCCCUCAAAUUCCCAGGACAAGGAAAGCCUUUUUCGGUAAUGCUUUCCACAUCUGCUGACUGCGUGGGAGCAGCACCACUAGAAAACGGCAGUAAAGGAAAGCGGGUGCCGGUCGCCUCACCUUUACGUCCCCUUUGGGGGUGGAACAAAAAGUCUCUGGCUGUGAGAAAGACUGUUCAGCAGCGAUGUGGGCUGUAACCGUCUUUGAGACUUUUAGCUUUGAUCGCGCAGGGGCCAUCCAAUCUAUUCAGUUCUCUCUAAAGUAAUCACGUCAGGGAAAUGAAGAGACAGCGGAGUAUCAUCUAUCCGAGUGGCGCAGUGGGCGCUGAUCUUAACGAGCGGGGGCAGGGGGGCAGUUGCUGUGCAAGUGUUACAAGCAGUGGCUCUUCUUGUGCGCGUCUGAAUUGACUGAGGGGCAGAGCACGGUUGCGCCAAAAACGCGGACGCAGGAGGUUUCCGAGAGGUUGAUCUCUAGCGGCUACUUAGUCUGACUUCCCUUUCGCGGCAAGCCCGACUGUCUUCAUAGCUCUCAGAACAGGGGUUAGGGGAAGCGGUACUUGUGGCUUGCGUAUUCUUGUUUACCUUGCUUGAGUGUGUAUAUUGGAUCCACUUUUGUGCUUAUAAACAACUUUGGAUUCUUAUGAUUUUCUGCAGAGCUUUGAUCUUUUUCUUUUUUUCUUUUUCUUCUUGGUUUGUUUUUUUUUUUUUUUGCUUUGCUCCCUCCCUGAUGGAUUUUACUACGCCUCCGUCAACGAGCCCUGGCUGGCAAAGUUGCUGUGUCCCAGCGGAGACUCUUAGGCGAGAUGGAGGAGUUCAGAUCCGCAGCCUGCCAGAAGAACGUCGCCCAGGAGGGGUUGCUAGCCUCGAGCUAUAGGCGCUGGCGUUCAGGACGUCGGGGAACGACUGUGUGCUGCCGUGAAGAACUACAGGCUACCACCGCUCUCGGACCUUUGUAAGUUAUCACGCGUCGAGAGCUUCCAGGAGAAUUCAAAUGCCAGCAGAAAGGUUCUCCGCCCGGUCCUGACGAGGAGGCUUCGGCCACAGGAAGGUCGGCAGCGUCCUUACCGGACUCGCGGGAUGCUGUUCUGAGGGCCAGCAACUCGAAGGGAUGCAGCUCGGCCCUUUUUGUUGACUUUGGUGAUGCUGUUUUGAGGAAGCAUGUAAGUACAGAAGGGGUCUGGGAGGGUUUUCAAACAAGACGGGAAAGAGCAAGGAAGAUUUGAGAGCGUGGAAAAACUAGGUGCCGCGGGUACUGAAGUUGUUACGGGCUGAGGGCGUUUGGCGUUGAGCAUCUGAGAGGGGCUAAUGCACGAGGAACGGUAAAAUGCUGUGACUGAACGCGAGGUUCCUCCCCGGCCUGGGCCCGUGUGUGCACCCUCGCUCCCACAGACACCCCGGAGCCGUAGGGAAACGGGUGAGCAGGCCCACGAGCGGACUUUGGGCACAGCGGUGCGCAGAGAGCGCUGCGGGCUCAGCCGGUGGGGUGGAGUCGGAGCAUGGCGAGCCAGGCUGUCGGGAUCCAUCCGGUUCCGCUCCCUGCCCCUCUGUCCAGCGCUCCAUCCUUCUCUUUCUUUCCCCGUGGCUCUGUCCAGUGCCCCAUCCCUUUGUUUAGCUACUCGUUCCUCUGCCCAGCUCCCCCAUCCCUCUUGUACUCUUUCCAUCUCUGUGACAAUAUCUGCGUCCAUCUAACUGGCUCUCUAUCGCGCUAUCCAGCUCUUCAUCGUCCUCUUCCUCUUCCUAUCCCAGUACCUGCCCGCUGUCCUUCCGUGCGGCUCCCCAUCCGUCUGCCGCUCUCGUCUGCCUUUCUGCCUGUACUUCUCUUUGCCUUCCCAGCCCUCUGUCCACCCCUCCAGCCAUCUCUCUCUAUUUCCAUCCCUCUGCUCAGCUCCUCAUCCAUCUAUUUGCCUCCCUAUCCCUCUUUUCCCCUGUUUUGUCCCAUCUCUCUGUCUGAAUUGCCCUCCCUCUUUUUCUCUCUCCACCUUUCUGGCCAGCUCUUCGUCGUUCUCGUCCUCUUCCCAUCGCUCCUACUGGCUCCCUGUCCCUCUCUUCCUGUCCCCGUUCCUCUCUCUGGUUCUCCCCCCUUCUCUGUUGCUCCCUUGCCGUUCCUCUGGCCGUCUCGCCUUCCCCAUUUUUCUCUCUUCUGCUCCCCGGUCCUCUGUGCAGCCCUCCCUCCAUCUGUGUGGCCCUCUGUCCCUCUCUUUCUCUUCCUUUGUCCAGUGCCCAGACCCUGGGGCCGGCUCUCUGUCCCUCUCUUUCUUUCUCCCUCCAUCCAUCUGCCAAGCUCUCUGCCCCUCUUUUCUUUUGUUCUCCCCCCUGUCCCCGCGUCCAGGUGGAGGUCUGUCGUUCCUUUGCGUUUUGUCUGGUGCGGCGGGUGGCGAGAGGUGGUCGGCGCUCGGCAGAGAUGGUGAUCGGCAGCGCCCGGAGGGUGCCGUCGGUCGGUCUGGUUCGGGUCACGUCGGACACCUCCGCGGGGACUCUGCCCGCGGAGGCGCGGGGCUGUGGCUGUGCAGUGGGGGAGCGCUAGCGGGCUAGAGAUGCCGUGGGGUACGCGGCAGGCAGCGAAGAGGCUCCUGGGGAAGGUGUCACGGAGGCAGAGAGCAGCAGAGGCUCCGAGACCUUGGGCGUUAGGACAGGCGCUCGCGGUAGGGCGGUCUGGAGCUGCUGCUGCUGUCUGUCCUACUCGUCAGCGCGGUCUGCAGUUACUGCCUCUUGUCUGCCUGCGCGCAGCCAGGGCUGUCACGUGGUGCAGCUUGAGUUGUGAUUGCGAUGCUGGCAUUGAGCCCACUUUUCUGUCAGGUCUGCCUUUAUGCAAAGUGGUGUCUUCCCUAUGUCUACAGCUCAACCCAUGUUGUUGAUUUAGUGCUUCCUGAGGGGAUAUGCUGUGCUGUCAACACGCACACCCACCCCACCCCUGCCAUCGCUUCCUGAUGAAUGCAAUCAUUUACAUAGCUUCUGGCUUGUUUCUUUCCUUGGAACUCCUUUCUCUUUGCUGUUCUGGUCCCUCCAAACAAUUUCUGUUUCUAGCAUUAUUAGUGUUGGGCCCUAAACCUUCUAGACCUUCCUUCUUUGAAGUCCAGAGGUUCCAGUAUUGUUUGUACUUUGAGAGUAAAGGUCCUUCACAACUCAUGUCUUAAGUAUGCAACUGUCUUACCUGGGAUUUUCGUUUUCGCAAGUUACUGUUUCUUUCAGGAGCCAGCUACAACAGUAACUUUGCUAUAGCAGAGAAAUGGGGUUACAUGUGUAUGAGCAACAGCACCGUAGUACACAGCAAAGCCAUAAUCUACAGUACUGGUAGCACAAGUCAGUUUCCCAUCAGCUCCAUCUCUCCAGGGUUUGGAGGUUUUGGAGGCCUUACUUUUUAUCCUGCCUUGGCUGGACGGUGCUUUCUGAGAGUGUCCAUCAGAGGCAGAGUUUCCCUGCGGAGGACCAUCUAGCAAAGGCUGGAGGCGGCCGGGUGCCUGAGCGAGCCUGCCUGUCCGUGAGAGCUGCUGUGACAUCUUUGUGAUGAAAUGGAGCCAGAGAGGGUGACUGAAGCAGCACGGAGGGUCAGUCAUAACUGUGGGAACAAUUACGGGCCUUGGACUAGGGAGUAGUUCUAGGAGGGCUGUGCAGUUGCCCGGCCUCUAACUAACUGCUCUGGCCUCUUUGCAGGUGCCGAAGCCCAGUCGGGCAGUCGAAGGAGCCUUGUCACAGCUGGGAGCUCUGCGGAGAUGCGCGGCUGGCCAUGGAGAGUGAGCUCUGACUUGCAGCGUGGACACAGCUAAGUCCUGGGCUGCAUCAUAUGUGAGCAGUGCUGGGAGGUGCGAGGUGAUUGUUCCCUAGGUGGUCACUGGUGUCACUGGCUGUGGAUGUUUGCCCAUGGAGCUGAGAGGACCAAAAAUAUUAAUUGUCUGACCCGGAGAUGAAUUAGUGCUUGCAGUGCUUCAGG